AGGGGCUCUGGAAGCAGAGACACCUCACCUGAUAUUCUGAACUUCUCAAAGCAGGCUUUCAGAAACAGGUUUGCAGGGAAAGCCCUACGAGAGUUUCGGGGGGGUCUCAAUUGCUUAUCCUGCUCGGUCUGUGCUCACAGAAGCUGGCAAUGACUGCGUGCACCCUCCUAACCAGGGGGCUUCCUGACGUCGGGUUCUGCGCCCCUGCGCCGUGCGAUGGGUCCCCUCCAAGCCUCCCGCGGGUCCUGCCCUGGCCCGGACCUCUGCUGCUCCGGUUCCUGCUCUUGCUCCUCUUCCCGCCGCCCUCUGCCCUCUCCGCGGUGUUCAAAGUGGGGGUCCUGGGCCCCUGGGAUUGCGACCCCAUCUUUGCCAGUGCCCGCCCGGACCUGGCCGCGGCUCUGGCAGCCGCCCGCCUGAACCGUGACCUUGCUCGGGAAGGCGGCCCUCGUUUAGAGGUCGCGCUGCUGCCUGAGCCAUGCCGGACGCCGGGCUCGCUGGGGGCUGUGUCCUCCGCGCUAAGCCGCGUCUCCGGCCUGGUGGGACCGGUGAACCCUGCAGCCUGCCGGCCCGCGGAGCUACUAGCGCAAGAGGCUGGGGUAGCGCUGCUGCCCUGGGGUUGCCCUGGGUCGCAGGCAGCGGGCACCACUGCCCCUGCCGUGACUCCCGCGGCGGAUGCUCUCUACGUCCUCCUUCGAGCUUUCCGCUGGGCGUGCGUGGCCCUGGUGACAGCCCCUCAGGACCUAUGGGUGGAGGCGGGACGCUCUCUGUCCACUGCACUCAGGGCCCGGGGCCUGCCGGUCACGCUGGUGACCUCCAUUGAGCCCUCCGACCUGUCUGGAGCCCGGGAGGCCCUCAAGAGGGUCCGGGACGGGCCCAGGGUCAGAGUGGUGAUCAUGGUGAUGCAUUCGGUGCUACUGGGUGGAGAGGAGCAGCGCUAUCUACUGGAAGCCGCAGAGGAGCUGGGCCUGGCUGAUGGCUCCCUGGUCUUCCUGCCCUUCGACACACUCCACUAUGCCUUGUCACCGGGCCCAGAAGCCUUGGCCCCACUGGCCAACAGCUCCCAGCUUCGCAGGGCCCAUGAUGCUGUGCUCACCCUCACCCGCCACUGUCCUUCCGAAGGCAGUGUGCUGGACAGCCUUCGAAGAGCCCAAGAGCACCGGGAGUUGCCCCCUGACCUCAAUCUGCAGCAGGUCUCCCCCUUGUUUGGCACCAUCUACGACGCGGUCUUCUUGUUGGCAAGGGGCAUGGCGGGAGCGCGGGCAGCCGCCGGUGGGGGCUGGGUAUCUGGAGCAGCCGUAGCCAGGCACGUCGGGAAUGCCCCAGUCCCAGGGUUCUGUGGGACCCUAGGAGAAACCGAGGAGCCCUCCUAUGUACUGCUGGACACGGACGCCUCUGGAAACCGACUGUUCACCACUUAUGUGCUGGACCCUGACCGAGGCUCCCUGCGCUCUGCAGGGACCCCAGUGCACUUCCCUCGCGGAGGCUCCGCUCCAGGGCCAGAUCCCUGGUGCUGGUUUGAGCCAAACGUCGUCUGCAAUGGAGGAGUGGAGCCGGCUCUUGUCUUUCUAGGCUUCCUCCUGGUGGUAGGAAUGGGGCUUGCUGGGAUCUUCCUGGCCCACUGUGUGAGGCACCGGCUCCUUCAUAUCCAAAUGGUUUCUGGCCCCAACAAGAUCAUCCUGUCUCUGGAGGACAUCACCUUCCUCCAUCCGCAUGGGGGUAGCUCUCGAAAGAUGAUCCAGGGGAGUCGAUCCAGUCUGGCCGCCUUCAGCACGGCAGACAUUCGAAGCAUCCGCAGCCAGCCCUCAGACAGCACAAACGUUGGCCUCUAUGAGGGAGAUUGGGUUUGGCUAAAGAAAUUCCCAGGGGAUCAUCAUGUAGCCAUCCGCCCAGCAACUAAGACAGCCUUCUCCAAGCUCAGAGAGCUCCGGCACGAGAACGUGGCCCUGUACCUAGGGCUCUUCCUGGGGGGAGCCGCAGACUGCCCUGCAGCCCCAGAGGAGGGCGUCCUGGCUGUGGUCUCAGAGCACUGUACACGGGGCUCCCUCCACGACCUCCUCGCCCAGAGAGAAAUAAAGCUGGACUGGAUGUUCAAGUCCUCCCUCCUGAUGGACCUCAUCAAAGGAAUGAGGUACCUGCACCACCGCGGCGUGGCUCACGGGCGGCUUAAGUCGCGGAACUGCGUGGUAGACGGGAGGUUCGUGCUCAAGAUCACCGACCACGGCCACGGGAAACUGCUGGAGGCUCAGAGGGUGUUACCGCAGCCUCCCACGGCGGAGGAUCAAUUAUGGACAGCCCCAGAGCUGCUUCGGGACCCAGCCCUGGAGCGCCGGGGAACUAUGGCGGGUGACGUCUUCAGUCUGGGUAUCAUCAUGCAGGAGGUCGUGUGUCGCAGCCCCCCCUAUGCCAUGCUGGAGUUGACAGCAGAGGAGGUGGUGCAGAGGGUGCAGAGCCCCCCUCCGCUGUGUCGGCCCUCGGUAUCCAUGGACCAGGCACCUGUGGAGUGCAUCCAUCUAAUGACACAGUGCUGGGCAGAACAGCCAGAACUGAGGCCCUCCAUGGACCGCACCUUCUACCUGUUCAAGAACAUCAACAAGGGACGGAAAACGAACAUCAUUGAUUCAAUGCUUCGGAUGCUGGAGCAGUACUCCAGUAACCUGGAGGACCUGAUCCGGGAACGCACAGAGGAGCUGGAGCUGGAAAAGCAGAAGACAGACCGGCUGCUCACGCAGAUGCUGCCUCCAUCUGUGGCUGAGGCCCUGAAGAAGGGGACACCUGUGGAGCCAGAGUACUUUGAGGAGGUGACACUGUACUUCAGUGACAUUGUGGGAUUCACCACCAUCUCAGCCAUGAGUGAGCCCAUUGAGGUGGUGGACCUGCUCAACGACCUCUACACACUCUUUGAUGCCAUAAUCGGUUCCCACGAUGUCUAUAAGGUGGAGACAAUUGGGGAUGCCUAUAUGGUGGCCUCGGGGCUGCCCCAGAGGAAUGGGCAGCGGCAUGCAGCAGAGAUUUCCAACAUGUCGCUGGACAUCCUCAGUGCGGUGGGCUCUUUUCGCAUGCGCCAUAUGCCCGAUGUGCCAGUACGCAUACGCAUCGGCCUGCACUCAGGCCCGUGUGUGGCGGGCGUGGUGGGUCUCACCAUGCCGCGGUACUGCCUCUUUGGGGACACCGUCAACACUGCCUCGCGCAUGGAGUCCACCGGGCUGCCUUACCGCAUCCACGUGAACAUGAGCACGGUGCGGAUUCUCCGCUCUCUGGACCAGGGCUUCCAGAUGGAGCUGCGAGGCCGUACUGAGCUGAAGGGCAAGGGCGCUGAGGACACGUACUGGCUAGUGGGCAAAAUCGGCUUUAACAAGCCCAUCCCCAAACCUCCGGACCUGCAACCGGGGGCCAGCAACCAUGGCAUCAGCCUGCACGAGAUACCUGCUGAGCGGCGCCAGAAGCUGGAGAAGGCGAGGCCUGGCCAGUUCUCCUAGAAGUGAGGCCUUGUCAGGACAGGAUUAUUCUGGAAGAUGUUUUUCCUGGAAGUUGCUGCUAUAGGUGACCUAAAGUCUGACUAAGAACUGGCUUCUGUCCAGCUCUGCCUCCAAGGAUUCUGAGCCUUUACAAGAGCCAGCUGCAAACCAGACUUGGAAAAGUCUCAUGCACUCUCCAAGCUCGGAUUCCACCCAAUGGUGGAAUGAAGGGGGGGCCUAAGUGAUUUUCAGCACCCCCGUGGCCCUGAUAGUUGGGCUUUAGAAUGGCUGGCCUUGGGAUAUUGGACACUGUGGCAUGUGGCCCCCAGCCCAAAGGAUCCUGAGCCCAUCAGGAGAUUAUGAGUGGGGCAUUCCCCAUUUUCCAGAGCCCCUCUGGGCUCCAGGAAGGAGGAUCUGUAAUUGGAUGCCCUGGAGUGGAGGCAUUGUGUACAUGUCCAGGCUUGGGUUGUUGUGUGGUGUGGGGAGGUCAUGGCUUCUGUUUAGCCUCAAGCCUCAUUUCCAUUUUCAUUGCUCCCUGUUCAGAAACUGGUUCCUUCUCCAGUGAGCAAAACCAAGUCACUUACCCAAGUGCAGAGGAACGUUUACUUCAAUGCUUUGGGGAAAGAAAAUUAAACUGCACCAAACUUUUACUAACCA